UCACUCCACCCCGCACAUUCUCCUGCUCCUAUCCCCUCCCCCAUUAUCGCCCCACCAAAUCGGAGCUCCUCCGAUCCAUCCGUCCCAGUCUGGUUGAACGCAGCCCCCUUCUCAUCUGCGGGAUCCCGGCCGCCGCCUCACCCACGACCCUCUCCUCCACUGCCAAGUCUGCGCGGACGCCGCCUCCCUCCUCACUGGCGGGAUCGGAGCCGCCGGCCACCGCCCACCUCGCCUGAAGGAUCCGAUGCCACUGCUCUUCUAUGCCGAUCCAUCACCGGCCACCGGUGGUGCAUCACCUGCUUCCCCUGACUGAAGAAUCCUUGCGGCGUUUCGAAGAAGCUGUGGGUGGAAAUUUCGGAACCGCUGCGCCGACGGUGGUGUGAUGCCGGCGAUGGGUCCGCUGGCAAUUCGAUAUGCGAGUAUGUCGCUGCCAACUCUGGAGGUGUGACCAUGAGUUCUGCUACUCCUGCCACGUGAGUACAACAACUGCGAACAAGCAUGCUAGUGCGUCUUCUGGGACGAAGACAGUGCCGAGCUCUCGACAGCGCAGUCCUGCCAAGCCUUCGAGAUCUGGGUAUGGGACACCUUCGACUGCAUGCCCCACCGACGGCUACUCAGAGAAGGAGCGGGUGCAGGUGUCACUCAUCCAGCGGUUCCUCGCAGGGGGGUUUAGCCUGAGCGGCGAACAUCACAACCUGACCCAGCAGUCGUUGCCGUCAUGCUGCGCGGUGGACUCGUACAUCGUUGACACCAUGAAGGAUCUCCAUCAGCUGCAACGACGACUACAUACAGUGAAUGAUGAGGAUGUUAAAGAAUAUCGAGUCAUAGAUAUAGCAUUAGAAAGGAGAUACGAAUGGCGCAUAUACUGAUGUUUUUCAGAUCGAAUAACGUGUUCUCCCCAUGACAUAACCCUGUCGAAAAUUGAUUUGACAUCAGAAAAGAAUUGAUAUUAUCGCCCUUUGUUUCA